UUUUUUUUACUUCUCGAAACGCGGAACGCUUAGUGCUAAACUCGGCCAUGGCAAACCGGACGGUAAAGGACGCGCACAGCAUCCACGGCACUAACCCACAAUACCUGGUGGAGAAGAUCAUUCGCACUCGCAUCUACGAGUCCAAGUAUUGGAAGGAAGAAUGCUUCGGUCUCACAGCUGAAUUGGUUGUAGAUAAAGCUAUGGAAUUGAGAUACACUGGUGGAGUUUAUGGUGGAAACAUAAAGCCUACGCCAUUCUUGUGCUUGACUCUGAAGAUGCUGCAAAUUCAGCCUGAAAAAGACAUAAUUGUUGAGUUUAUAAAGAAUGAAGACUUCAAAUAUGUGAGAUUACUAGGUGCAUUAUAUAUGAGACUGACUGGGACUGCCAUAGACUGCUACAAAUAUCUUGAACCUUUAUACAAUGAUUAUCGAAAAAUAAAAAGCCAAAAUAGAAAUGGGGAGUUUGAGCUCAUGCAUGUGGAUGAGUUUAUUGAUCAAUUGCUUCAUGACGAGCGUGUCUGUGAUAUUAUUUUACCUAGAUUACAGAAAAGGUACGUUCUGGAAGAAGCUGAACAACUGGAGCCACGGAUCAGUGCUUUGGAAGAGGAUAUGGAUGACGUCGAGUCUAGUGAGGAUGAGGAAGAGGAUGAUGAAAAGCUGGAUAGAGCCCCUUCACCCGAUCACAGAAGAAGAGGAUACAGGGAUUUAGACAAACCUCGUAGAUCUCCAACACUGCGCUACAGAAGAAGUCGAAGCAGAUCUCCUAGAAGGCGAAGCCGAUCCCCAAAGAGGAGAAGUCCAUCACCAAGGCGGGAAAGACAUCGCAGUAAGAGCCCAAGGAGGCACCGAAGUAGAUCUAGAGAAAGACGCCACAGAUCAAGAUCUAAAUCUCCAGGGCACCAUCGUAGCCACAGACAUCGUAGUCAUUCCAAGUCUCCAGAAAGAUCUAAAAAGAGCCAUAAGAAAAGCCGUCGGGGAAAUGAAUGACCUUAACCUGUUUCGUGAAUUGGAGACGUGCACUCUCUUUUUUUGGCGGGGGGGGGGGGGUAGAUGAGAUCACAUGGUAGAUAGAUGCUCCUCUGGCAGCUCACAGUGUUUUAGCAUUCAGAGUUUCUUGGUCAGUAUAAACCCUGUUAAGGUUCAAAGUGAGGACAGGACCAUACAUAGUGGGUUCUCCCUAUAGCCCUCUGUGCACCACCCUAAGUCCCCUUACAUUUCUGAUCUCAUUUGGUUUAAUUACAGAUUUUAAAAGACAGUUCUCUAUAUUCAAGGAUUAUAAUCAGGAGAAUUCUUCUCACACUCAAAAUUCAUACCUCUUCCCUUCAGACUUUCUAAUCAACAUUAAGGUUGUAAUAUGUGGUCACAGGGUCACUGAGGAUAGGUC